AUGUCCAACCUAUUUUCUGGAAUAAACGCCCGCUUUCGCGGAGCUAGCACGAGACCUCCUGGCCAAAACAGGAGCCCUACGGCUUCCGGCCAGCCUUCUCCUACUGCACUCCCCCAGCACGGAAACCAUUCGUCCUCUAACCUUGCCCCCGUGUCCCCCUUUACCAACCUCACCUUCCUUAUCGCAGACGAUCGGCAUGGAUGA